CGCAGCCGCCCGCCGGGCCCGCCCCGGAUCCCGCGUCACGUCAGGCGGAGCCGCCCGCCCCGCCGCGCGCUCCGGGAUGCUGCUCUCGGUGCCGCCGCCGCGCCCGGGCCUGGCCGCCUUCGCCUGCAGUAAGGGCGGAAAGAAGCAGCCCUAUGUGCCGCCGUCGCAGCCCAUGGGCCCCCCCAGCCCCAGCCCUUCUUCCGGGGGGGCGGGCGAACAGCUGAGCAAAACCAAUCUGUACAUCCGGGGGCUGCACCCCGGGACCACCGACCAGGACCUGGUGAAGCUGUGUCAGCCUUACGGGAAGAUCGUCUCCACCAAAGCCAUCCUGGACAAGACGACCAACAAGUGCAAAGGCUACGGCUUCGUGGACUUCGACAGCCCCACGGCAGCCCAGAAGGCAGUGACGGCUCUCAAGGCCAGCGGGGUGCAGGCACAGAUGGCCAAGCAACAGGAGCAGGACCCCACCAACCUCUACAUCUCCAACCUGCCGCUGGGGGUGGACGAGCAGGAGCUGGAGGCGCUGCUGAAGCCCUUUGGGCAGGUUGUAUCCACCCGCAUCCUGCGGGACCCCCACGGGGCCAGCCGUGGCGUGGGCUUUGCACGGUAUGGGGCUGCGUGGGGCUGGGGGAGGGCGAACAGCAAGGGGGCUGCAGAUGCCCUGGGGACACCCAGAAGGGCUCCUCCAGCCGUUCUCCCACCCACCAGGAUGGAGUCCACAGAGAAGUGCGAGGCUGUCAUCACCCACUUUAAUGGGAAGUACAUCAAGACCCCCCCAGGGGUGCCAGCCCCCCCGGACCCGCUGCUCUGCAAGUUUGCAGAUGGAGGGCAGAAGAAACGGCAGAGCCAGGGCAAGUUCGUGCCCAAUGGGAGAGCCUGGGCCCGGGACAGUGAUGCGGGCACUGUGACCUUGGCCUAUGACCCUGCCACAGCGCUGCAGAACGGGUUCUACCCCGCACCUUACGGCCUGGCCCCCAACAGGAUGAUUGCACCCACCGCCCUGGCUCCCUACCUGCCCUCACCUGUCUCCUCCUACCAGGUCCACAGCCCUACCUGGAUGCACCAGUCCUACCUCGUGCAGCCCACGGGCACAGUGCUGGCCCCCGCCGUGGACCACGCCGUCCCCCUCCAGCCCUCAGUGGUGGCCCCCCUGGCCCAGCAGCUUGGCCACCUCUCUCUGGGCAGUGCUGGCACGUACGUGCCUGCUGCCACCCUGCCUGGAGCCUUCCUCCCACCGUACCCCCCAGUGCCACCCGCGGUCCCACUGGAGGACGGCAGUGCUGCACCCACCCAUGGCCACGGCCCCGUGGAGUCGCCCUCUGAGCCCGGAGCCUUUCCCUACCCCUACCCCAAGUAGCAGCGGGCGGGGGGGGCCGGCACCGAGGGACCCCCACCACUGCUGCCCACCUUGUGCCCUGCCUCUGCUCCUCCUCCUCCUCAGCAAGGUGGGGUGGGGGGGGUCCUGAAGUGCCGGGGGUCCCGCAGCCCCCAGGGCAGCCCCCCCU